AGCUUAACUUGAAUAAUUUCAACGACUGUCGACAAACGACCAAACUUAUCUGUGGACGAAAUUGACAUUUACCAUAUAAAUAAAAUAUUUAAUUUUAUUUAUGUUUAAACUCGUGUCUCGUACGAAAAUAAAUAAACAUGAAGUUUAAUAUAUAUAAUGGAAGCUAAAGUACAAAAGCAUAUCAUUGAUUACUUUUCUUUUUUCGAAGAAUUCUUCAAUAAGUCCAAAACGUGUUUGAAAAUUUGCCAAAACUGCGCAAUAUCUAUUAAUAAAUUGAUACAUCGUUGCAAAAAUAUAAAAGAGGCUAACUUGUCCGGAACCCCUCUGGAAGAAUUUGACGGAUUGCAAAGAAAAUUGAUAUCGGUUUUACAUAACCUAAUAUCUGAAGAAGUUCGAGAAAUUCAAAGUCAACGAUCGGAACUUGAAGAAUCCUUUGAAAUACUCUGCAGUAAACACAGAUGUUUGUUAGAAAGUUGCAAAGAGAUUGACUUAUCUCACCAAACAUUGCUUACAAAAGGCACUCCUCUCCAACCCCCUUUGGAACAGUUGCUAGAAUUUGCAGGAGAAACUAUUACAUUUGGUAGUCAAAUUUGUGCUCAAAUUGAGACCUCAUUAAGUGUUUUAUCAUUCAAAGCUCUUAACACAAUUUUCUUUGCCGAUAACUUUAAAAUACCAGCUGACUGGCAGAAUAAAAUACCAGAAAUCUUAGCUUAUACAUCAUUCUGCUCAGAAAAUAUUAUUUAACAAUGGAUCUGCUUGGUUCCAUCUUGAAUUCUAUGCAAAAGCCCCCAUCUACAAGUGAGGCACAAAAAAAAGCAAUUAAGAAGCAUAAGGAAGCAUUGGAACAGAAGCAGAAAGAAGAAAAAAAUAUUCUUAAUAAAUUUUGUAGACGUGUAGAGGAGAAAAUAAGUAACUUUAUAAUGGAUGGUACAAAGCCAUAUUUACAAUUUGAUCCCAUGGAUCAAAUGUAUAGAUCAGUUAUUAGAGAUGUCGCCACAACAGCUGGAGGCCAAGUAUACUCCUUUGGACAAGAGGGCAUUGACAGAUAUUGUGUUGUUUACUUAAAAGAGAAAGGGCCAUCGGAGGAUGAACUCACGGUUCGCAGGGCAGGGGGUAUAUGGGAUGAUGAAAAAGCAGCAGAAAUGGCACAAAGACGCUUGGAUAUGGAAAAACAAGCAGCUUUAGAUAAUGAAGAAGAGAAGAGCAGAAAACGAAAGCAUGGUAAAGAGGAGUUAAGCGGUACUUUUUAUAAGCAGAAAUAUGCACAUUUAAUAGGUCAGGAAGCAGCUAUAGAUGCAGCCCAGAAAACUAAUAUGAAUAAAAGUUAUGGAGAAGUACCAAGUGAGAAUAAAAAAGAUUUACGUUCUAUUGAGCAAACUAUGGCAGAUAUUAAAGCAAAGAAAGUUAAAAAAGCAGAAAUUGACAAACAGAUGGACAGAGAAGGUAGCGUUUGAUUUUUAAUUUACUUCUAGUGGAAUAGCUUUACUUAGCAAUAAACUUAGACUCUUCCAAUUAUGUUAAGUUUAAGGUUCAAACACUUUUUAUUGUACUAGAACCCAAAUUCUUAAGUCUUACAAAUUCAAUUUACAAUACUAAUAUUUUGUUAUCACCUACGAAUUACGAAGUCAAGAUAAAAUUCAUGCAAUUAUAUGAAGUUGAAGGUAUAGUGAAAUCUGUGGUGCUGUAUUGUUUACAGAAAUACAAUUAUGUCACAUUUUUUCUGCUACUCAUGCAGACUUGUGGUAGUAAACUAAGCAAUAAUAACGAUCCAUUUAAACAAUAAGACUGUAUCAAAAUUCUAUAGUAUAAGUUAAAUUUUAAACGCUUAGAAAUAUAUACUAAAUAUCAAUUAA